AUGGAAUCAAUUUUGUGUCUUACUCUCUUUAUUUUAUGUACACUAUGUAGUGUGAUUAAUGGAUCACAUUUCCGUGGUGGUAUUAUUUCAUGGCGUCCGAUAAACAAUACAGUAACGGGUACCACUACACAAAUUCUCGUACAUCAGAGAUACUCUUGGGCUCGGAACUGGCCCUCUUUUCCUUCGCCAUAUUGCACGGAAGUGACUGUUGCUGCUCAAACACCUAUUGCGGUCUCUGGUGCUUAUACAACCUGUUUAGCAAACUGCUCAAGUUCUAACUAUCCCUCAGGUGGUCUUUCAGCCAAUAUGAUAACUACAGAUUGUGAUGCAAACCCGAUCAUUCAAACAUGGACUGGCGAACGUUACGAUACUUUGACAAUGCCUUUGACAACAUCAAUUACAAUUGGCUAUCAAUCAACUGCAUGGUUUGCUUCACUCUAUAUUGGCGCUAAUGAUCCUUGGUCAAUUGUCGGUCGUCUGAAUUUAGCCUUACGACCCGAUGGUUAUAUUAAUUCGAGUCCUGUUACAACUACAUUACCGGUAGUAUUUUAUCAAAGAAAUGUAUCAGUAGUUCAUGUUGUUCAAAUGGCAGAUAAUGAUGCUACUGAUAUAUUGAUAUGUCGUUGGUCCAGUUCAGCUGCUGGAACCAAUUACAAUCGAGUUGAUGAAUGUGGAGGUAUUUGCCUUGGACUGCCGGUUUCCACUGUAUUGAUUGGAUUCAACUGCACGUUAUCUUUCACUUUGCCAACUGCUAAUCUCUAUUAUGCCUGUGCAUUGCAAAUUGAAGAUUAUUUUAGUAUUACCUCCACGACUCCAAUGAGUUCAGUUCCGGUACAAUUCUUAUUCUAUGCAUACAGUCCUUCCGCUGGUGUAUGUGCACAACGUCCCUCAAUUAUCGGUGUCCGUCCAAACAGAGCUUGCAUUGGAGUUCCAGUCGGUGUUCAGCUCAAUGAAACUGUAAUUGCACAAACAUACUGUCCCGGCCAAACAAUUGUUGAUUUUGUCACUACUUCACCUAUUGGAAUGACACAUAGUGCUAUUAGCAAUCCAAGUUCUGAUAUAUGGGUAAUGACAGUGACAUGGACACCAUCACAAUCAGGUUCUCAAGGUUUUUGUGCUGGUGCAAUUGAUAUUAACAGUCUACCGUCAGACCCAUGGUGUGUUACAUAUUUAGUUGGUUUUAUUUCACCUGAGCUCAUUCAAAGUUCAGCGUCACCAGUCGAUACGGCACGUAUGUUAUUUGAGAUUAUGUUGAUGAAAUUUGAUGCACAUGAAUUAAGUGAAGCAUCCGCAUUUCUUGGUCCAUUUUGUUUUAGUUUAUUUAUUAUCUUGGUGAUAUUUAUUUGUAUGAGUAUGUUUCUUUCAAUAAUUAAUGAUAGUUUUCGUCUUGCAAGAGAAAAUGUCGAUCCACAUAAUCAACAGAUCUUUUCAUUUAUGUCGAAAAAAUUUCAACGAUGGACAGGCUUGCAAAGAAUAACGGAUGAAGAAAUUCAAGAAGAACGAGAUACAAUAAUGCGGUCGGAAUAUUUACAUCCAAUUGAAAAUUUUCCAGAAAAAAUCGAUCAAUUCUUAGAUGCAAUCAAUCGAUUAUACAUGUCACAACGAAUGGAAAGAGAAAGAUUAAAAGAAAUUACUAUUUAA